AUGGCAGAAAGCUGGUCUUUCUUGGAUACUUCUGAGCCUAACUUCAGGCCUCUGGUGGUAAUUGAGCUUGCAAAAGGCACCAAAGAGGAAACCAUAAAAUGGUUCACUAAACGAAUUGUGGACAAAAAAGCAAACGGAGGUGCACAACUGCUGGUUAAACCAUUGGUCACAGAAAAUGGAGAUGAAAAUAUUUAUCUAGUUGGAGCUUCCCACUUAAGGCUGUUGCUGGGAGCUGAAACUGUGGGUUUGGUGAAGGAAUGUAACGAUAACUCAAUGAGAACUUUUACAUACAGCAGUAGAAAAACUUGCAAAGAUUUUGCAGAUGACAAUCACAGUUUCCUUACAAUGGCAGAAUGUCAGUACAUCAUCAAGCAUGAACUCGAAAAUUUGAGAGCUAAAGAUGAAAAAAUGAUCCCUGGAUAUCCUCAGGCAAAGCUGUAUCCAGGAAAAUCGAUUGUGAGAAGAUUAUUGACUAGUGGUAUUCUAGUUCAGAUUUUCCCACUGCAUGAUAGAGAAGAGUUGAAAAAGCUCCGUCACAGCUGGUAUGGCCGAGUGAAAGUUGGCUAUCAACCUUUAGACGAGAUACGCAGCUACUUUGGCGAAACCAUUGCUCUCUACUUUGGCUUCUUAGAAUACUUCACGUUUGCUUUGAUUCCAAUGGCUGUCAUCGGGAUUCCUUAUUAUGUAUUUGCAUGGGAAGACUAUGACAAAUAUGUGAUGUUUGCCACGUUCAAUCUACUCUGGUCCACGGUGAUAUUGGAAGUUUGGAAGCGGAUUUGCGCCAUCAUGACAUAUCGUUGGGGGACGCUGUUGAUGAAACGACAGUUCGAAGAGCCAAGACCAGGCUUCCAUGGUGUCCUGGGUAUCAAUCCCAUCACUGGGAGGGAGGAACCGGUGUACUCGAGUGUUAAGAGACAGAUGCGGAUUUAUCUGGUGUCCUUACCAUUUGUGUGCCUUUGCCUCUACUUCUCACUGUACGUGAUGAUGAUUUACUUUGACUUGGAACGGUGGGCUCUGGAUUAUCAUGAAGAGAAUGAGUCUAACUUCAGCAGCUUGAUGCUCUUUGUGCCCAGUAUCAUAUAUGCUGUUGUGAUUGAAAUUAUGAACCGUAUUUAUCGGUAUGCUGCUGAGUUCUUAACAUCGUGGGAAAAUCACAGGCUGGAGUCUUCUUACCAGAAUCAUUUAAUUCUGAAGGUUUUAGUGUUCAACUUCUUGAAUUGUUUUGCAUCUCUCUUCUAUAUUGCCUUUGUGCUGGUUGAUAUGAAGCUUUUGAGGCAGAGCUUGGCCACUUUGCUGAUAACUUCGCAGAUCCUUAAUCAGUUUGUAGAAUCCUUGCUUCCUUACUGGCUCCAAAAGAGACAUAAGAGGAGGAUGAAGAAACGCAUGUGGUCUCUGAAAACAGAUACGGACCUGUCAUUAGUCGAACAAGUCAACUUGGAGAAAGAAAUGGGCACCUAUUUUGGUACUUUUGAUGAUUACCUGGAGUUAUUCUUACAGUUUGGCUAUGUGAGUCUUUUCUCAUGUGUUUAUCCACUGGCAGCUGUCUUUGCAGUAUUGAACAACAUCACAGAGAUAUAUUCUGAUGCAUUAAAGAUGUGUAGAGUUUACAAGCGUCCAUUUGCAGAACCCACAGCAAAUAUUGGAGUUUGGCAGUUGGCUUUUGAAACUAUGAGUGUGAUAUCUGUUGUUACUAAUUGCAUACUGAUUGGAAUGUCUCCGCAAGUGAAUGCCCUUUUCCCAGACUCAAAAAUGGACCUUAUUCUGACUGUGGCAUUGGUAGAGCACUUGCUUCUAGCAAUCAAGUUUAUCAUGGCAUUUGUAAUUCCGGAUAAACCAAAAGAUAUCCAGAUAAAACUCGCCAAAUUGGAAUUUGAAUCUCUAGAGGCUCUCAAACAACAG